CAGAGAGUUGUAUUCAAGGAUCAUUACAAAAAGAGAAUUGCUUGGAUCCUAUUGAAGUAGAUCCAAGCACAACUAAAUAUAAUGCACUAACACUUCCUGCUUCUAAAAUACCGCCAACAUAUAUUCCUAAUAUACCAACAUACCAUGUUCCUAAUAUACCAACACCCCCCUCUAUUCCAAGUGUUCCUAAAUAUAACCAAAGGAAUUAA